AUGGCGGGAGGGAAGAUCAAGAAGGAGAGGCCCCGCCGCGGCGGAGAGACAGCGGCAGCGAACCCGCAUUACCAGGGGGGUAUACCAUUCCACAAGUCUAAGGGACAGCAUAUUUUGAGAAACCCUCUUCUUAUCGACACCAUCGUCCAGAAAUCUGGAAUCAAGAGCACCGAUGUCAUCCUCGAGAUUGGUCCCGGAACUGGUAACCUCACGAAGAAGCUUCUGGAGGCCGGGAAGUCUGUCAUCGCCAUCGAGCUCGAUCCUCGCAUGGUCCUCGAGCUGCAACGCCGCUUCCAGGGCACCCCUUUCUCUAACCGCCUCAAGUAUUCCAUCUUUCGCUUUUGGCCCUUCAGGCUGAAAGCUGAACUGGUUAGUCCAAGAAGCCAGGUUAUCCAGGGAGAUGUUCUCAAGUGCGAUCUUCCAUACUUUGACAUCUGUGUGGCAAAUAUUCCUUAUCAGAUCUCUUCUCCUUUAACUUUCAAACUGUUGGCCCAUCGACCUUUAUUCAGGUGUGCAGUGAUAAUGUUCCAGAGGGAAUUUGCCAUGCGACUAGUUGCUCAGCCUGGUGACACUCUGUACUGUCGCCUUUCUGUAAACACCCAGCUUCUGUCCCGUGUUUCCCAUUUACUUAAAGUGGGGAAGAACAACUUCCGGCCUCCACCAAGGAAGAACAAGACACUGGGUUCAAUUUUUAGGCAGAAAUCUGUUCUGUCAUUGCUGGAGAAGAACUAUAAAACAUUGCGAGCAUUGCAACUCCCAGAGAAUGGAGCAUCAGAAGACACUGAAAUGACAAUGGAUGUUUCGGCUUUGGGAGACACUGGUGAAGACACGAGUAUGGAGAUUGAUGAUGGAGCAGAUGAAGAAGAGAUGGAGAUGGAGGAUGGGGACACAAGAGGGUCUGAAUUUAAGGACAAGGUUUUGGGUGUGUUGAAGCAAGGAGGUUUUGAGGAGAAGAGGUCCUCCAAGCUCACACAGGCUGAUUUCAUGCACGUACUGUCUCUGUUUAACAGGGCUGGAAUACACUUCUCUUGA